AUGACUUCCAGGGGGACCUGGGGCCAGUCUGAAAUUCCAGCUUCUUUGAUUCGCACUUACUGGUAUGCUCCAGUGACGUUGCUGGCAAGUCAUUUUAGAGUGUGGAGCUGGGGUUCAAAGCCCCCAGCAUUUCUCUACCGGCAGGCCCUGGUGGAGGAAGACACUUUCAGGGAAGAGGCUCUUAUAGUCCGUAAGUGCCCACCAGCCUGCCAGGUUGACGCACAGCAGGCUCUGCCUUCUGGAGGCAGCUUUUAUCCUAACACCCUGAGCCAGGGCUCUGUGGCCCAGGCGAGCAGUGGCUGCCUCUCUUGGUUGUGCAUGGGACGAUUUGCACACCCUGAGGACCAGUUCGUGGGGUUCUGGGCCUCGGCUUUCCUGCCCCACCUGCUCAAGCCCCCUGGGGCUGCAACUCCAUCUGGCCCCUCACAGGGAGGCCCAGCCAUGUUCUCUGGGCACCCAGUGAGCCCCCUCCCCUCCAACCACCCCCAGAAUCCAUCCUUCAUUCCUCAGCCAAGCUCCUAUGUGAGCUGCAGCGCCCAUACGGGAGAGGCCCUGCACUCCAGAAGCAUGUUCCAGCCUUGACACAGAACUGAUGGCAAAGGGCAGGCUGGGUUUUCAGCUCCUGGGACCUAAGACCCCCGCCUCACUCCUUCCCCAGUACAUCAGACUGGCUAGGAGGCAAUCCCAGAAGGGGCAGCCUCGUGCCCGGGUUUCAGCCCCUCAAGUAAUGAUUGUCUUGCCUCUGCCUUGGCAUCUCUCUCGGAAUCACGGCAGACGUGGGGUGUUUCUGGAAGGCAGGCAUCUGCUUAUGCACAAGGUCAAUGGUAACAUUUUUCAAAAUAUUGUGCAUUAAUUCAUUAAAGCUGUUAAAUAUUUGCUGUUUUCACAUUGGCUUCCAUGCUAAUUUUGCACAGUUGUAGCACUGUAUAUCUCACAUUUCUGUGCCAAAAAAGUUCAUCGUCAUGUUUUUCUAAUAUUCAAUCUUGAUUUAUGUUCCUAAAAUAAAGCUUCAGCUCCUGGGUCAAUAAGAAUAAGAGUGUAGCAUCCAGGGUCUCCCGGCUCUGAGCAGACCAGAUCCCACAGUUCAUCCCAUGGUUGUUGAAACGCACCUGGAUCAGUCAUCUCUGGUAUUCCUCACUCUAGCCAUGAGCCAUUGCCAUCUUAUGGGCCCAAUUUGCGUACUCUGAAUUCGGUCAUGGAACACACACUUACUUCUAAAUCCCAGCCACCAAGUUGCAUAUCCUUCCUUGUAGCUAGUUUCUAUAGAGAAGUGAAAAAAAUCUGGCUUCCUUAAAAGAUGCUUGAGCCUAUGACAUGAACCAGCAGCCCCUGCUGGUAGAAGAUUCUAGAUUCACCACGGGUGGUUUAAGGCCCCGGGAUUUAGUUCUUACUGGUACAUAAACGUUUUCCCAUCGUUAUCAGAAAACCACUCACCCAGGCUUCCCCCACUUCUUCCCCUCAAAUUUGUUCAGCUCUGCCACCGGUCUCCAUGAACAGCAAGGCAAACCACUGUCAGUGUAGGACAGACACAGAGGAUGCCCUUCUAAGAAUUGGGACUGAGGACAGAAGCGCACACAAUGGUGGAUCACACAUUUGCACCCAGGUCAACUAAAAGCUCAAUAAGUGACCCCAGAAACUAUUAAUUUCCAGGAGUGAAGGGGAUGGGGGUAGAGCUACUUAGAAUUUUUAUUAUCCAGGAUUCAUACUAAGAAGAAUGUCGGCCUGUCUUCAUCCCUGGCUUAGCCGUCACGUAGAACGCUUACUCACCUGACACCGACUUCUUAGAGAAGCGAGUCUUUUGAAUGGAGGAGCAAUGGUAACCCCACUAGGGGGCGCCCAUGAUCGGCUCCCAGUGAGCCUUCUUAGGGGUAAGCGGGCCGCGUAUCUAGUCUAUGAUAGUCUGUGUGUACAGAAGGUCUAGAAGUCUGUGGAAACGCCCUGAAACCUGUAGUAUCUUAACUACCCUCUUAUGUUAAGGUUUACAUAAUAGGAUUUUUAAACAAAUGUGUUUAAUUUUUUAAGAUCUCUUGUAUUAAGAUUUUCUUUUGGAAUAAGCUGUGGAAAUUUUGUUACAACCUGGUUGAGAUAAACCUCUUCACAAUGACAAAAAUUGUGACAUUUUAUAAAUUAGAUACUUCAGUG